GACUUCUCCCGGUCUCAGAGAAGUCGGAUCCUUUCUUAAAAACUUGGCGCCAUCACUUGCCAUAUUCUGCGCGCGCAACGCUCAGUUACAGUCUGUUUAGAGAGAGAGAAAAUAGUAACUCACCAAGUCAACAAUGGCGGAGGUAAUCUCCCUCAUGGACAUCGACGAUGACACUGGAGACAAAAACCACUCUCUCAAAAACACCAAAGCCAAUCCCUGGGUCGAAAAGUACCGCCCUCAAUCCCUCUCCGAUGUCGCCGCCCACCGCGACAUCGUCGAUACCAUUGAUAGGCUUACUAGCGAGAACAAAUUGCCGCAUUUGCUUCUCUACGGCCCACCUGGUACUGGCAAGACAUCGACCAUUCUUGCUGUGGCUCGCAAGCUCUAUGGAUCGCAGAUGCACAACAUGGUUUUGGAGCUGAAUGCGUCGGAUGAUCGCGGAAUCGAUGUUGUCAGGCAACAGAUUCAGGAUUUUGCUAGCACUCAGAGCUUCUCAUUUGGUGCAAAAUCAGCCGUGAAGUUGGUCUUAUUGGAUGAGGCAGAUGCCAUGACAAAGGAUGCACAAUUUGCUCUGCGUCGAGUGAUUGAGAAGUACACAAAAAACACUAGGUUUUCUCUUAUAUGUAACCAUGUCAACAAGAUUAUUCCAGCUCUACAGUCAAGAUGUACUCGAUUUCGGUUUGCUCCUCUUGAUGCCAUUCAUGUUUCCGAAAGACUCAAACAUGUUAUUCAGGCUGAAGAGUGAGUUCCAUACAAAUUUUUCUGUUAGGUUUAUUUAUUUUUGCUUUUUUCCCCUUUUUAUCAUUUCUGUUGGGAAUGCUUUGCUGGGAAUUCCCUGUAAGGAUUAUGUUUUUGAUUUUAGUGUUUUUGGUAGCACUAAUGUGUUUUCCUUAUUUCUGUUUUGUCUUGUUUUCCCCUUUUUCGGGCUGGGAUACAUAUACUCCCUCUGUCCCAAAUUAAUAGUCUUUUUUGAAAAUUCAAACUUUUUAAGGAGACAUAUUCAUUACACUUUGAAUUCAAAUUUUAAAGGAUAAAAUUCCAAAAAUACCCUUCUAUUGUCAUUUUUAAAUAUAUUUAUAAUUACUUUACAAGGGAUAAUUUUUGAAACUUUUAAAUUCAAAGUUUUGACUUUUCAAAAUGGACAUACAUUUUGGGACAACAAAAAGUGGAAUAAUGGACCAAUAAAAUGGGAAGGAGGGAGUAUAUUUUUUUGUUGUCUACAUUUGUUUUUAAUGACUCUCAGCUGUUGUGGCAUGACUGACAAAUGCUGUUGUAAGAUGAAAAGCUUUAAUUCCACUUUUUGGGAUAUUAUUUCUGUUAUAUAUGGGGCCUUUGCUUGUCUAUAAGGCAUCACGUGAUUUGAAACGGAUGUCUCUUUUGCAGUUGUGCUCACUGCCUUAGUAUAUUUAACAUAGAAGGAUUAGAUGAAGGCGUCUUAGCCAAUUUUCUUUCACCUUGCCCGUGAUAAGUUCCAUCGUAAUUUCUCAUUAUUAUUUCCCUCAUUUCUUAUUCUAUUUCUUCUCAUGUUCCUUAUCCUUCCUUCAUAUUGUAGGUCCUGCACCAGGGCAGGGUUUCUGGCUAUUAUUUACAAUUUUUCCUCCAAGGAAAACAUUAAUCAAUAUUUCACUAUUUUUCUGAAAUCACAGUAACCACCCAGGU